GCGGGACGCCUGGGGCGGCGCGCUGGAGGAAAGACGCCCGGCCACGGCCCCGGGAACUACCAGACGCCCGAGUCGGGAACGCGGAACACCGCGUCCCCGUUUGCUAGGGGAGGCGCAGUCCCGGGCCGUGGCCGUCGUGAGGCGGCUGGGCUUUUCCUCCCGCUCACCCCGCCCGCCGGCCUCUCGGCGCCCGGGGCCCGCGUCGCCAGCCGCCUGGAUCCGCCCGCCGCGCCCCCUCCCCGCCCCCCGCGAGCCCCGGCCGGCCGCGAGCUAAUGUCCUGAGCUCGCCGCCCGCGGGCUGUGCGCCCGGCCAGGGGCUGCCUGGGAAGUUGGGGCGAGGCGCGCCGGGUAUGCGCCAUCACCAUGUCCCGCCUGGACUCGUGGCUCGGUGAGGUCCAGUGGCUGGGCUUGGUGGCGCUCUUCGUCGUGGCCUUGGGCACUGUGGGCCUGUACCUGGCGCAGUGGGCGCUGGCCAGGGCGCGACCCCGCUCCCCGAGGCGGGCGGCGGAGCCCGGCGAGGGCCAGCGCCCCGAGCCGGAUGCGCUGCUCGCCUGGAUCGUGACGCUGAGCAUCUGGAGGAAGCAGUGGCAGGCCGCCUGGGUGGCCGCCCUGAACGAUGAGGCCAAACGGAGAGCGGGCCCGCCACUCCUCUGCUUCCAGGAGGACCCGCUGCAGCAGCCCCUGGAGCUGGCCAUGGGACAAGUGUCCAGCGUGACCCAGUCAGCCCAGGAGAAGGUGGUGUUUUGUCAUGUCGUGGGCGAGACCAUCCAGUUCCUGGUCAGUGUGGGGCUACCCUCGUCCGAGGACACGGGGCGCCCGCUCUACAGUGUGCGGCUCUCCCCGCUUCAUCUACAGCUGGAGCUCCACAUGAAGGAGAAGAGAGAAGACAUUCAGGUCAAGUGGUCCUUCAUCAGCGCGCCAGAGAUGGCCAUUACGGUCCAGCCCAAAGCGCCGGGGGAGGACCAGGCGGUUGGGGCAGAUGCGGUCUCUGAAAGUCUCAAGGAUAUUGUGAAGCACCUGGUUAGCUCUGCGUCCCCAUCAGCGGUUCUGAGCACAAAGCCUACGGAUGUGAGGGGAGUUCAGCAUCUGCAGCGCACUUCAUCUACUCAGGAAUCCUGCCCCCCCAAACCUCCAAGGGCUCAUGAGCUCAAGCUAUUGGUGAAGAAUAUUCGAGCCUCGCUGCUGAGCCAUCCUGGUGCUUCAGGCAACAUUAACCCAGUAUGUGUAGUUCAGCUGAAUGAUCCCAUCCAGAAGUUCUCCAGCACCCUCUCGAAAAACACUACCACCCUCACCUGGGAAGAAGAAUUCACCUUUGAGCUGAAUGCCAAGUCGAGGGAGUUGCACCUGCAGAUUUCAGAGGAUGGGCAAUCCUCAGAAGCUCUGUUGGCGAUGACGACCGUCCCCUUGGAUUUGUUCAAGAAGCAGCCUUCUGGGCCACAGAGCUUUACGCUGACCAGCGGGUCCUCCUCAGGCAGCUCAGCAUUGGGUUCGGUCACUGCAGAGUUUUCCUACAUAGAACCCGGUGAGGCGAAAUCCUGGCAACUGCCUCCAUCUGUUCCUGCUGCAAAGAUAGAAAAAGACCGCACGGUGAUGCCGUGCGGGACCGUGGUCACUACUGUCACUGCCGUGAAAACCAAGCCUCGCUUCGAUGCAGGGAGGGCGUCCCCGCUGAGCUCCGAAUCUCCCCUGAGAACACCUGUGAAGGUGAAGGUCAUCGAGAAGGACAUCUCCAUCCAGGCCAUCUCCUGCCACGGCGCCCCCGUCAGCAAGAUGUUCUCUUCCUCAGAUACAGAGCUACUGGUGCUGAGCGGUGCCGACCCGGUGGCCGAAGUCGCCAUCCGACAGCUCAGCGAGUCCUCGAAGCUGAAGCUCAAAUCCCCGCGGAAGAAGAGCACGAUCGUCAUAUCUGGGGUCUCCAAGACCUCACUAUCUCAGGACAACGACGCCUCCCUGAUGCUGGACUACGCAGCCUCCAUGGACAGCACCUGCCAGAAGGGUGCCCCGGACCAGCCAGGGGCGGCCGUGGCCCCUGCCCCACCCGAGGAGGGGAAGGAGACCCCCGCAGGGGCCCGGCUGGCCCUGGAGCCCCAGGAGACUGAGCUGGAUUCCUGGGACUUGGAAGAGGAGCCACCGGCCGGGGCCGGCGCGUGGGGUGGCCCGGCCCCGCGGGACCCCGCUGGGGAUGAGCUGUCGGAGCACUCCCUGAGUGUGUCUGAGCUGGAGCCGGGCACUUCCCAGAAGCGUAAAGAACCCGCGCCCCCUCCCGCCCGCCGUCCGUUCAUUCUGGAAGGCCAAGCCUCACCACCCGGGGCCCGUUCGGAGACCGCUGCUCCUUCAUCCCAUCCCUCCUGCCCUGCCCCCCUCCCUCCCUCUGCCGUCCCUUCCGGGGAGCUCUUUCCCUUGGGUUUCCGUCCUUGCUGUGUCCUGGCCACCCCGCUCCUCUCCCGUCACCGGCCAGGUGGAUGACACCCUCACUCUUGGGGACCCGGUGCCGGCAGGUGUGCCUUUUGCUCCACCCUGAGGCCUGGCAGCUGGGGCCGGGCACGGACGCUGAGCCAGCGGUCAUGCACCUCACUCCUAGCGCUGCACAGACCCGGGAGCUUUUAAAGGGACACACUGGGCAGCGUUUAAAAAAUUGCUUUUCAUUCCAUUGUUUCCUGAGAGAUUUGCACUCGGCAUCUCUACGAGAUACUGUCAGAACCUUAGAUGAUUACGCUUUAUGGGUACCAAAUAGUUUUCCUUUUCCACCAGAAUUUCUUCCAAACUGGUGAUCUAGGGGGCAGCUCUGUGGAGUUUUCUCUCCUUUGUAAACUGAAGCCUAUUUUUCAGUUCAAGAACCACCUGCAUCCCCUGUCAUAGGAAGGAGUUGGCCCUAGCUUUCCAAGACUGCCAAUUUAGCAUUCCCCUGGAACCCUGCUGAUUGGAAAUGUACGUGUGGUCAUGAUGCAGCCGGGACAGGAAAUGCAUUCCUCAAAUUUGGUUUCAUUUUUAGCUUCACAAAGCAUUGAUGUGCUAGUACAAAUACGUGAAUGUACUUAAUACAACCGAACUCUACACUUAGGACCGGCUGCGAUGGUGCAUUUUAUGUUGUGUGUAUUUUACCACAAGUAAGAACAGAAGCAUUGGUGGAGACUCUGAAAAAUAUUAAAAAGGAAAAAACAAACCUCUCCAAGCAAACUGCGCAGUAACGUCCCAUGUUGUGUAUAACGCAAAUGCUUCAAACUCUUACGUCUCUCGUUCUGAUUUUGCUGUUGCAAACUUUUCUUUUCACCUCUUCCUUCUCUCCAUCCCUGCUCAUGCCCUUUAACUUAAGAGGAUCGCUAUGCCAACCAGAAUUAAUUGCCUACACAGUAAGUUAUUUUUGUUUUAUAUAUAUAUUUUUAAUUAAGUAUAGCCUUGCUAUGAGAAGAGCACAUAUCGUAACUAAGCCGGAAGUUCACCCCUCCCCCUCUUCCUUUUCCCUCCCAUCGCUUUCCACUUGGACCGUCCCCGGGUGCCAGUUUUCCCAUCUUCCUCCUUCAAAGUGCCCUGGUCUGGUAGUAGAGGGUCAUCAUCUCAGGGGAAGGCAUCCCUGUGUUAGCUGACGUGACAAAACCACCUCGCCAAGAAAUUCAGACAGACCGACUCCCUUAAUCGUCCUUGGUGCUAAAAAGUCGUCACUUCUGUAACUGGGCCUUCCGUGGUUCCCCUUGUAAUCUAAAGCUGUUCUUUGGGCAGCAAACUAUAAUUUAUAAGGUUGCUUUUGGUCACUGUUUUCCUACCUAUAAGAUGUUAAGAUGCAUUCUUCAAUGAGCAAUUUACGUCUGUUGAACUGAGAUGAGUGGGAAUAAAUUUGGGAAUGUUUGCAACAUUAAAGCUAUAAUUUAGAAUAAUUAUUUUUAAUUCCUUCAUAUAUCUGUUUAUACCUUAGCCUUAUGAUGUCUUUGUAUUAACCUUUAGUCUUAUGAUUGUUUUUAGAACCCGGGAAAGAUUUGUUUUCUUCCCUGUCCCAUCUAAGAUUUUGGUUCUUUGCCUGAAAUUUCACAUAACCUGUUUCCAGAUCUUACCUUCAGGCAUCUUUAAGAUUGGGAGUGAGGCCUGCGUCUUGCUUCUUGUUGUGCGGAUGAGGUAGCCCAGAGUGAAGGAGGUGGGCUUAUUAAACCCAAACGGCCCCAGCGGCCUUGCCCCAUUGAUGUGAAUUUCCCUUUCAGCAAAGGGUGACAGAUUCUGUGGGCCCAGAGUCAACUGUGACAUACCAAACUGGAGUUCUUCUCUCGGCCAGGGUUCUCCAGGGAAGCAGAACCAAUAGGUUCUGUAUUUCAAGGAACCGGUUCGUGUUGAUGAGUCUGAAAUUGCAGGGCAGGCAGGAGCUGGCGCCGCAGUCUUGGGGCAGAAUCUCUGCCCCGGGAACCUUCCUUUUUGUUCUCAGGCAUUCAGUGAUGGGAUGAAGCCCACCCACCUCACUCCGGGUUAUCUCCUAGAGCUCAGGCACUGAGGGAGAUCUGGACCACAUCGACCAGGAGCCUUGCCCUGCGGCACUCAGCUCAGUACUGGGAUGGAGUCACUGGGCGUUCUGGGACAAACUGGCACAGAAAACCGAGCUCCGAUGUCCAUUGGUCACAGCGGCGCCUUACGGCGCCACCUGCCAGCAGCCGAGGGGGCCCUGGCCCGUCUGAGCUACGACCUCACACCCACCUGUGGUGCGGCCACAUCAGCGUCCGCUGGGCCCACCUGUGGCCACGUCCUUCCGGCGUUACUUACCCCAAAGGUCGUGUGCUUUACUGGCCAAGUUUAAACGGACGAUAACAUUUUUAUUUAGUCAUGAAAAUGGAAUAACCUCUGUUUGUGCUGGUUAUAUUUCAUGUUUGCUGAGUUAGUCUGUGCACCCUGGAGAUGGGCUCACGUUGCUAGAAUGUUCUGUCCUACCCAGGCCGCCAGCAUGCCUCUCGGGAGAUUCACAUCAUUCUGGAAAGCCUGCCAGAGUCGUUCCCAGAGAGCAGGGCUGUGCUCUGCGAUCCCUCUGGGAGCGGCAUCCGUCUCGCCCUCCAGAGGCUUCGCCAGCGGCCACCCGCAGACCGGCGCUCCAGACGCCUACUGGCCACUUCCAGCUCAGAUGCCAUCCUUAGCGGCACAGAAGAGCCAGGCUCGAGAGCACGGCUUUGUAGGGCGAGCACGUCACCCCUCCGAGUCUCUGCUUCCCUAUUUGUAAGCAAGAGAUAAGAGCACCCUCAGGUGGCUGGGAGACGUAACCGGGGCCCCACCCUCACAUGACUGUCCUCUGUCCAAGAAGCCAAUGCCCCCACAGAAGCCAUGACAAGUGGUGUCAAGUUAGGAGAAACGCGGACCUGGUGAGCCGUGCACGUGACCUCAGGACGAAGCACACCAGGGUACACAUGACAGCAUCCGGUUCAGGCGGUGACGCUGAACAGGCAAAGUUAACAGCACAGCACACCUGCUCCAGAGGGUGGGCGUAAGGACCAAGAACAGAAACACCACGUGGCAGGCCUGUCGGGGCAGCACAGGUCCGUAGCCGACAUGGCGCUGGCUGGGGCGGGGACGCUGUUGAAACAAAGCACAGCCAGCAGGGCCGUUUAAACAGUUACGGCCAACACAUCUCUACCAGCUCUGCUCCCAGGACGCAAGUCCUUGCUGUUUUAUGUUAAUGUGACGAGAAUUUGAAGUUUAGGCGUUUCAGGUACAAUGUCAUCUAAACGAGAGAAAGCGACCGCUCAGAAGUGUGCAGACUCCCUUUUUAAGGAGUUUUGAGCACAGCUGCCCCUUGCCUGUUCCUGUGUUCUGGUUUCUCACUCAAUCCAGGGUGCAAAGCCAGACCUUCAGAACCGGGUGCUGUGCCCUGCAGGCUAGGCUGCCAUGUCCCCAUCCCCCGUCCCGCAUGGCCCUGAGAUAUUAAAACGUGAAGGGGCAUCAGGAAACUAUGUAGAAGAAAGUGAACGCCCUGCUUACCUUCUGCCCUCUGGUCUGGUCCCCGGUGCUGACGUCUGUGUCCUUAGUCUGUGUCCAAGUACUGAUGGCGGUUUGACCAGACCUUGGUGGAUGGUUUCCAGCCCCAGCUGCAUGUUAGAAAGACCUGGGAUUUUUUAAAAGAUGCUGAUGUCCAGAUGUCUCCCCAGAACCCCUCACAUCAGAUUCCCCGGGGCUGGGACCUGGACGUCUGGAGUUUUUCCAGGUUGCUGCCGGACUCCAGCGUGUCUUGGGGCUGAGAAGACGGCUGUAGCAUCUGCCCUCUGCCCUGAUCUAACACGGGGUGUCCAGGGUCCGAGGAUAAACAGGAGGACGUGGCCGCUGCUUCAGGACGCUCAUCUUAAGUCACAUCCUCCCCUGCCCUUUCUUGUCUGUGUUAGAUUCCUGGGGCUGCUGUAACAAAGUACCGCAGAUGGGGUGGUUUAAACAACAGAGAUUUCUUCUCUCUGAGCUCUGGAGGCUGGAAGUCCACGAUAAAGGUGUGGCAGGGCUGGUUCCUCCUGAGGCUACGAGGGAGAAUCUGUCCCAGGCUCUCCCCCAGCUUCUGAGGGUUUGUUAACCAUCGUUGUCACUCCGAGGCUUGCAGACGCAUCACCUUGAGCUCUGCCCUCAUCGUCACAUGGCGUCUCCCUGUGUGUCUCUGUCCAAAUUUCCCGUUUCUAUAAGGACAGUAGUCAUACUGGAUUAGCACCUGUCCUAAUGACCUCACUAUAACUUCAUUGCCUCUUUAGUGACCGUAUCUCCAAACAAGGUCACGUUCUGAGGUGCUGGGGUUCGGACCCCAACAUAAGAAUUCUGGAGGGACACGAUCCAGCCCAUGACACCACCCCCGCUCACACCUCAGACCUUGGCUCCAGACCCCAGACUGAAUUUCAGCACAGGGACGUGUAUGACAUGGGCUUUGCAGAUGGAGCCUUCCAGGGGAGAUCCUCUUUCUGCCGGGCUUCCACAUCCCUAGAUCUGCAGCUGGCCUGGGGGACGGACUGGUCUGUUCCCCUCUCCACACUUCCAUCCCCUGCCCCCUGCCCCGGGGAGAUGGGGUGGGGUGUGGCAUUAGGGUCCAGGUUAACGGAGUAGGUCCAUCAGACCUUCCUUCCUCUCCUCUGUUCCAAUGUGACAGCCCCCCAUUCACGUGCUAUUUGGGGGCUCCAAGCUUAACCCAAAGCAGGUACCUAGAGGUCAGAAAUACCUCCUAGGUCCCCCCCCCCAAUCUGAGGUAACCUGGUCAGGCUGGGAGGCCCCGGGACUUGCAAUAUGCUGGGUAACUGACCGGUGGGCAUCACUGCAUCUGCCCCCGGGACUGGCCAGAGUCCAGAGUCAAGCCCUGUCGGUGGUGGUGACCCCUGCCGUAACACACCCUACCCGGUGGUUUUUUGAGAUACGCUGCAUCCUACAGGGAUUGGAACGGCUCCCGGAACAGACCUUUCUGGCCCAAGGAGAAGCCCGUUGAGCCUAAAGCCACUGACUCUUGUAUACUCACCCUUCUGCUUCAUCCCUUUGCAGCCUUCCUCAGCCCCCCGUACACCGCCUCCAGCUUUAGACAAUGGUAGAAAAUGUCUGAGUGAGUCUUCGCAGUAGGUUGAUUGGACACAAAGAGCAAAUGAAAAACAAAUCUCUUGGACAGCUUUCACCAAGUUAAACUCGGCGCAUUCCUGGAGCUUUGAGCUGUGUUCUGCUGCUUAACCCAGGCAGAGCAAGUAGGACACGCAUCCUUUUUUUUUUUCUUCAUUGUUAAUUGGAAAAUUUCUUUUUUAAAAUUUUUUUUAUGGAAGUACAGUUGCUUUGCAAUGUUGUGUUAGUUUCUACUGUACAGCAAAGUGAACCAGCUCUACAUAUAUAUAUAUAUAUAUAUAUAUAUAUAUCCCCUGGGACAUGCAUCCUUAAGUUCAGGUCCAGUAAAUGGCCUCUUAAAGUCACGGGCGUGCUGGUUUUCCCGAGGUAAGUGCUGAUUAUGCAAGGGUCUGUGCAUAAGGCUGAGUCAGAUUCCACAACUGUCCAUACAUUUCACGUAGAAAAGCAAGUGAUGCCUUCCAGCCUCCCGUCUGGAUAAACCAGGAUGGUGUCUGCGUAUGUCAUAGGUGUUGAAGUAUUCUUUGUAUCUGUCGUGAAAAGAAUGGAUUUUGCCAAAUUAGCUGUAAAGCUCCUGAUUGAGAUGGUCAGGCCAUUCUUUCAAAGUCACUAACACCUACAUGCACGCGGUCAUGGGUUUCCCAGCCUGGCUGGAAGGGCCCCCUGAUCCCCCUGAGCCUUGUUCAUAGGAUGUGAAACUAGUUUGUGAAAAUGGAAGCAGGUUAGUGGGCUCUGGCCAUCGAUAUGUUAGCUGGCAUUUAACCUUUAAGGAACCAUUGCCGUGGAAAUCAUUGCCGCUGCUAAUUUUUUUUCUAUUUCAUAUUGCACCACUUGACGUCAUAUAGAGAUAGGUCGAAGCAAACAAAAUUGAGGGGUUUAGGUCUAAAGUGGUCAAGUAACAGACAUCUCAUGUGACUUAGCCUGAUACACACGUGCUGGAUCUGAAGUUGUAAAAGAUCUUCCUCCCCAAAAGAAUAAAUGUUACUUAAAUUUCCUAAGAGAGUGAAUACCAUUGUUCUCAGAGUCCUUAAUUUGGUUUUAAUAGCAUGAGCGUCCUUUCUGGGGCACAAAGCACUCUGCCGUUUAUACCCCUCCUCGUGAUGGGGAGUCUCUGAAAGUCAGGGAUCUAGACGCCUGCCUGGGAAUGGACUCCAAGUGACCUACCUGCUCACUGCGCCUUGGAAGCACCUGUGCUGUGCUCAGGCCAGACCCAGCUGCCUUUCUUGUGCCAACAGGGAGGCGCGCUGCAGUCACAGGCUGCCUUCUAUUAGAGUCGCUGGAGGGAGCCGCCUGCCUUCCUUUCCUCCUGGACGCGUCGCCCACCGGGCUUUUCACCCGCAGCCCCGCUGACCCCGUGCCUUGCUCUUGCAGGAGGGAUU